GUGAGAGAAAUCAGGAUUCCAAUUCACUGGUUUAGUUCUGAGACACCCACAGCUGCAAAGUAUCAAUCAGGGCUAAGCUGGGAGCUGAGAACUGAAUGCAGGAUUUUUCCUGUGGGCAGCAGAACCCCAGUGCCUUGAGCCAUCACCGCUGCUUCCCAAGGUCUGCAUUAACACAAAGCUGGAAUCAAGGUCAGAAGUAGGAAUGGAACCCAAGUACUGCAGUGUAAGGUGUAGCCCUGCAGCCCGCUUCAUGCUUCCAAGGCUGGAGAAUACACACACCCCUUCGGUGUUGGUGUCAUUUGAAGAUGUGGCUGUGGACUUUACCCAGGAGGAAUGGCAGCACAUGGACAACACUCAGCGGAACCUGUACAGGGAUGUGAUGCUUGAGACUUAUAGCAAUCUGCUGUCCUUGGAGUCCUACAGAAAGGAUGAGCUGCUUGGAGCUAAUCAGAAAAGACAAGAAAUAAUGUGCAGGAUGCCUGAUGAAAUAAACCAUACCUCUAAUUUCCCUGAGACUAAACUCCAGAGUGGGAAAAAUCUCAGACAGCAUGUAAAAACGUACACUUGUCAGCAGUCUUUUGAGCACAGUGGGAAAGAAAAAACUUUCAGCAAGAAGAAGAUAUUCCUUUCGAAAGUUUAUAGCAACAACCAGUGUAAUAAUCAACCAGUCAACGUGGGAGAAUCUGUUCAGCAAAGAGAGAACUGA